AUGCAGCCGCCAUAUUCUGUGACAGUAUUUUGAUUCGUAUCUGCUGGAAGUGAGGAAAAAGAGAAAAGUGAAGUGCUGUCGAGGGGAGGGGGGGGGCUGAAGAAGAGGAGCUGUCAAAAAGGUAUUCCCGAGUCUCUGUCCAACGGCGGACGGCUGAGGCUCGGUAUCCCUCCUCUAACGCUAUUUCGAGGACACACAAGGCCCGGGGCCUCGGUGCAGUUGGCUCUUCGUCUCCCUGGUAGUAGCUGGACCCCUCUCGGCUUCUCCUCUCCCAGCUCCGCGGCCCUCUGGAGGUCCGGUGGCGGUCUCGGGUGUUGAAGGCGGCCCGGGGAGCGGCGGCGGCAGCCGAGACGGGAAAGUAAGGUACAUUAAGAAGAUGUUCAAGAUGAAGGCGACUUGCUGCCACAACUGACGCCCCAGUGCACUGAACAGAACAAGCAGUCCUGACCUGGCAACAUACGAAUGGCCCAGGGAAGCCACCAGAUUGACACUCAGGUUUUGCAUGACCUGCGCCAGAAGUUCCCUGAAGUCCCAGAGGUUGUUGUCUCCCAGUGUGUUCUGCAGAACAACAACAACUUAGACGCCUGCUGUGAAUACCUGUCCCAGGUCAGUCCGGGCUACCUGUACAGCGAAGAAGGAAGCUUUUCCGACGACCCCAGCUUCACCAGGCUCCGUAAUCACAUGACCCAGUUGAACCUGGGCCUGCAGUCUCAGAAUGUGCAUGCGGCCCCGGUUCGGGACGGCCUGAGAAUGAACGGCAGCCGGACUCUGGCCCACAGCCUGAGUGACGGGCCCCUCCAGACGAGCCAGGCCCCCAAUAGUGACUUCUUUCAGCAGGAGCCUCAGUCAGCCCCAGUGCAGGUGCCGUCCAGCCUCAAUGUAUUCGGUGUGAUGGAACCCACGCGCAAACCGCAGCCUCCACAGCACCUUGGACUUUACCCUCUGGGUGUCAAAGGGACGACUAUGGGCGCCCAGCAGACGCCGCGCUUCAACCCCAUUACAGUGACGCUGGGCCCCAAUAUCCAGACGGGCCGCAACACCCCCACUUCUUUGCACAUACACGGCGGGCCACAGUCGGGCCUAAGCAGUCCACAGGGUAACUCUAUCUACAUCAGGCCCUACGUUAGCCAGCCCGGUACGACCCGGCAGAACCAGCAGCAGGGAAGCAGGGCCCAGUACAGCCCCACCUCCCAGCCCCAGCAGCAGAUCUACCAGAUCUCCCACCCCUCCUCCCUGUCCGGCUCCUGGUCCGGCCCUCAGCACGCCUCCUCUUCACAUACCUCACAGCACCAGACCCAGGGCCACCAGACCUCUCAUGUCUACAUGCCAAUCAGCUCCCCGACAAACCCCCAGGCGCCCUCCAUCCUUCCCUCUGGGAGCCAGGCCUCUUCCUCCGGCGUCUCCUCGUGCUCUUCUUCCUCCUCCUCCUCUUCUGUCAUGCCCACCUCCUCUACCAUCAGCCAGUACAACAUCCAGAACAUCUCCACUGGCCCACGGAAGAAUCAGAUAGAGAUCAAACUUGAAUCUCCUCAGAGGAGCAACUCCACAACCACAACAGCUGUGCUGCGGACAAGUAGUGGCCCCCGUACGUCCUCGACCUCCUCCUCCUGUCCUUCCUCUUCCUCCUCCUCAACCGGGGUGGCUACUGUCCCCACCACCCCUCUGUCCAUUGGAUGCCCUGGUCUGAGCCGCAGCCAGCCCACUGUUUACAUCUCUGCCAGCCCGCCUACUGCUGCUACCACCCCCUCUGAGGAGGCCAUCGUGGCCUCAGCCGGCUCCCGCGCCCAACCCAAGUUUUACAUUUCUGCCAAUGCCUCCAGCGACGAUGGUGGGAGUAGGAACCCUCCCACAGUCUACAUCUCAGCCAACCCUCCUUUGCAGGGCCCUUCAGGGCCCAGGAACAUGGGAGGCCAAGUGAGCAUGGGCCCUGCCUACAUCCACCACCAUCCACCUAAGUCUCGUACCUCCGUGGGAGGGGGAGGCACAGCUUCUUCCCCUCGCGUGGUGGUGACUCAGCCCAACACCAAAUACACUUUUAAAAUCACCGUGUCCCCCAAUAAGCCCCCAGCUGUGUCCCCCGGAGUAGUCUCGCCUACUUUUGAGCCCAACAAACUCCUAAGCCUACCCUCAGACCACCACUUUGUGGAGCCAGACCCCCUCCAUCUCUCAGACCCGCUGUCGCCGCACAGGGAGAGGCCGAGCGAGCCUCGCAGACUCAGCAUGAGCUCUGACGAUGCAGCGUACACACAAGCGUUGUUGGUCCAUCAGAAGGCCCGCAUGGAGAGGCUGUGGCACGAGUUGGAGCUGAAGAAGAAGAAGCUGGAGAAGCUAAAAGAGGAGGUCAACGAGAUGGAGAACGACCUGACCAGGAGACGGCUGGAGAGAUCCAACUCUGCCUCCCAAAUUCCUUCUAUUGAGGAAAUGAAGCAGUUGAGAUGUAAAAACAGGUUACUGCAGAUCGACAUCGACUGCCUCACCAAAGAAAUCGAUCUCCUCCAAACAGGACCACACUUUAAUCCCAGUGCAAUCCAUAAUUUUUACGACAACAUUGGAUUCCUCGGUCCUGUCCCACCCAAACCCAAAGGUACUUUAUCUAUUGACCCGGGCAGUAAGAUUGUGAAGCCCAUUGCAGACCAGGAGGAGGACGAGGGGACGCAGUGGAGCUGCACAGCCUGCACCUUCCUCAACCAUCCCGCCCUCAACCGCUGUGAACAGUGCGAGUUCCCGCGGCACUUCUGAGCCAACCAGGCUGUGACGCGCCGCUCCCUCCUCUGCCCGCCUGUCGUCUACCAGAGUAGAGUUUCUUCUAGUUUCUUCUUCCCUACGUGUAUGAAAACUGGGACGGGGCG